UAUUUUCGUAGAAAAAAUAUUACUAAUUAUAUAUAUAAUACACACACAUCAAAUUAUCAAAGCCAUGGCUCCUCCCUUCACCGCAGCCCUAAAUUUCAUACGCGAAGUCAAGUCCGCCGCCGCCGCCGCCGGCGACGGCGGCCAAACCUACGCCGAGUUUCUCCAAACACUAAAGCAAUACCGCAAAAGAAACUUAGAUCCUUCCAUCGUAAUUUCCACCGCCCUAACACUCUUCCGCAACCACCCUAACCUACUCGAUGGCUUCAAGCAUUUCGCGCCCGCCGCCGCCGCCGCCGCGGCGGAGGAGAAUUCCGGCCUCGAGUUCCUGAACCGGGUCCGCCUGAGGUCCUGCGCCGACUUCCUGAACCGGGUCGGGGCCCGGUUCGACGGCGGCGGGGCCUACCGCGAGUUCUUGGAGCGCAUGCAUGCAUACUCACGUGGAGAAAUCACCGCCGCCGCCGUCGCCGACGAGGUCACCGGAAUCUUCGGGAAGAGCAACGGCGACCUCGUUCGUGAGUUCGCGCGUUUCUUGCCAGAAUCUCCCGACGGAGAGGGAGAGGGAUCGAAGAAGAAGAACAUCGAGGGUUCGAGGAAGAGGAAGACCGAUUGGACCGAUGAUGAAGGGAUUAAGAGGAGGAGGAAUUCGAGUCCCGUCGGCGGCGCCGCCGUCAACCAGCCAAAAACGCUGCCGAUGCCACCGGAGAAGCAUGGAUUGAGGGCGGCGGAGGCAGACAACGAUAUGGAGGAUCUGUUGUGUGAGAUUGAUGUGAGGAUCGGGAGAUUGAAAUCGGCUCGAAGGAGCGUGAAGCGCCUCCGCCGCCGCAUCACCCGCGGCCGUGUGUCUCCGGCCGGCGGCGUCCGCCUCCACGAGCAUUUGACGGCGCUGGACUUGGUCUGCAUCAGAAGUGUGCGGUGCAGGAAGCUUCUAGAAGAUGCCGGUUGUGAUUUGGUGCCUGCAUUGCUGGUGGUGAGGGAGGCUUUGAAGAAGAAGAAGGAGGUUUUGAAGAGAGAGAGAUUGAAGAUUGUGGAGCAAUGGAAUAGAAUUAGAUCAUCAUCUCGAUAAUGAGUUUGAGAUUGAUUUUAUUUUAAAUUAUAGAGUGUUUGACUAUGAAAUUGUUGUUUGUUUGUUUGUUUGUGUUGUUUGUUUAGCAAGAUUCAAGUUAUUGGAACAUGAAUGUGCUUUGUUUCAUAUUUAAAUAUUUAAUUAAUCCAUCUUUCUU